CAGAACAACCACCAUCAAUUAAAGACUAAAAUAUAGGAGCGAUGAUGUCAGAUCAGGCAACUUUUCCGAAGCAUUUCUAAUUUAUGAGAAUCCCAUCGACUUCCUCCCAUUGACUUCCUCGCUCUCCGUUUCUUCUCUCUGAUAGUUCGGCGUUUCGCUUUGGGUAGGAGGCAUAGCCAUGGCCGAUGACGCGAGUCAGCCACUCCGCGUCUUCUUCUUCCCCCUGAUGAGCCCCGGCCACAUGAUCCCUAUGAUCGACAUCGCCAAGCUUUUCGCCCGCCAUGGCGCCGCCGUCACUGUCGUCACCACACCCGGCAACGAGCCCCUCGUUCGCCCAGCCAUCGAUCGCCGCCACGACGGGACGCCCGUCGUCGACCUCCUCCUCCUCCCCUUCCCUGACUCCGUCGCCCACCUUGUACCCUCCACAGGUGAGCACCUCGGCGCCAUAACUACUGCAGAGCAUGCAGACUUCAUGAACGCCGUGUUCGCCCUCGCCGGCCCCCUCGACGACCUCCUCCGCCAACAUCGCCCCGACUGCCUCGUCUCCGAUGCCAUGUUCCCUUGGACCUCCGCCACCGCCGCCCAACUCGGCAUACCUCGCCUCGUCUUCUACGGCCCCGGCGCCUUUCUCCUCUGCGUCCAUCGGAGCAUCGAGUUCCGCGGCCACCACGCCGCCGUCUCCUCCCGUUCCGAGCGCUUCGCCAUCGAGGGACUCCCCCACCGCAUCCACUUGGAACCGUCCGAGAUCUCUCCCAUCUUCAAGUUCACCGAGAUGGUGCUCCAGCAAAGAAAGGCGGAGGAGAGUAGCUUUGGCGUCCUCGUCAACAGCUUCUACGAGCUCGAGCCGGACUACGCCGAUCUCUUCCGCAAGGAACCCGUCACCAAGGCGUACUACGUAGGUCCGGUCGCCCUCUGCGACCAGGAGAAGGAGGCCCAAAGGGGCAGCCGGAGCAGUCCGCACCUCGGCCGCUGGCUGAGCUGGCUCGACUCCAAGCCGGCGGGCGCCGUCGUCUACGUUUGCUUUGGUAGCCUCUGCGAAUUAUCUAAUGACCAGUUCAAGGAUCUCGCGCUCGGACUCGAGGCCUCCGGUCAUCUGUUCUUGUGGGUGGUGAGGGAAGGCGCCGGUUGCCCGCCGGCGUGGCUGCCGGACGGGUACGAGAGGCGGGUGGAGGGGAGGGGACUGGUGAUCCGAGGGUGGGCACCACAGGUAGCGCUCCUGGGCCACCCGGCGGUGGGGGGUUUCGUGACGCACUGCGGGUGGAACUCGACGCUGGAGGGGUUGACUGCCGGGAAGCCGAUGGCGGCGUGGCCGUUAAAUUACGACCAGUUCGUUAACGAGAAGUUACUGACCGAGGUGGCAGGCGUCGGAGUGCGAGUGAGGCGGAGCGAGGCGGUGGGUGCGGCGAGGGUGAGGGCGGAGGAGGUGACAGCUGCGGUGCGGGAGCUGAUGGGGGGAGGGGAGGCGGCGGCGGAGAGGAGGCGGAGGGCGAGGGAGUACGCAGCGAUGGCUAAAGCGGCGAUGAAGGAAGGAGGGUCGUCGUACCAAGACAUGACGUGUUUGAUGGAGGAGCUGAUGGCGUGCCGGGAGCGCAAACCAGGAGGUGCGUUGAACGGAGAUGUCGGACUAUAGAUCUCCUCAUCUGCGUGAUGCUUCGCUGGUCAACACUGCUGUUGCUUGUGUUUUCAUGUUUUAUCUGUUCGGUUCCAUGCAAACAUUGAUUAUCAACACGCAUCAGCCUACAAAUAAUAUGCAAUCAAUUACUUUUUUAUCUUA